AUGAAAAAAGGAAUAAAGAAAACAAAUAAUUGUCAUUUUUUUUUUUUAACAUUUUUUUUGGUUUGUAUUGUAGGAGUGUUAUAUGUGACAUUACAAAAUUUAUAUUCAAUUAGAAAAGUUGUUGAUUCAACACGACAUAUAGAGACAAUUAAAUUAAGAUAUUUAAGUGAAACUGAAAUAAAUAAGAGAUUAGAUAAUUCUGUGAAAAAAAAGUUAAAACAAGAUAACGGACAAAUUGAAAAAAAUGAAGAAAUUGAUAUAAAGAAAAAUCGUCAAGAUGCAUAUGAAUGUGGUGAUAAGAUAUAUAGAGAUGAAGAAUAUAACGAAGAGUAUAACGAAGAAUAUUAUAUUAAGUAUGAAAGACCAAAAUAUUUAAAGGAUAGAAAUAUUGAAUGUCCUUAUACAUAUGGAAAGAUUUUUGUUGGAACAUAUGGAAAAACAAAUUAUGAACUUAUUGGAAAUAGAGAAAAUCCAUUAGUAAUUUAUUUUCAUGGGCUUGGUGGAGAUAAAGAUUGUUUUUCAAAAAUGGACGAAUAUCUGCUUGAAAAUAAUUAUCAAAUACUUAAAUAUGAUUUGUAUGGGCAUGGGUUAUCUGAAUGUCCAAAAUAUAGUAGUAAUGUAUAUGACUUAAAUUUUUUUUUGACGCAAAUAGAAGAAUUAGUAAGUUAUUUAAAUUUGCAAAAUAAAGAAUUUUAUUUGAUUGGUGGUUCAAUGGGUUGUUUAAUAGCUGCUGCCUUUGCAAAGAAAUAUAUUAAUCAAGUUAAAAAAAUGGUUUUUUUAUCACCUGUUGGUAUGUUAGGAAGGAAACCUUUAUCAUUAAAAAUAAAAAGUGGAUUAUUGGGUAUGAUUAAUUCUUGUUUUUGUGUUAUGUCGCCAUUUUGUUUUCCAAAAUGUUGUAUGAAACAUUGUAUACCACGAAAUAAUUUUGAAAUAGUUUAUGAUAGAUUAAUGUGGAAUGCUUUUGCCAAAAAAAAUUUAAGUGAUUGUAUGUAUGGUUGUUUAAAUAAUAUGCCUAUGUGGAGUUCCCAUGAUAUUUUUAUUGAAAUAGGUAAAAAAAAUAUACCGACUUUAAUAUUUUGUGGAGAAAAAGAUGAUCUUUAUGAUGCUGAUGUUUACAAAAAUUUAAAUACCUAUUUUACUAAUUCAUAUAUGAUUGUUUUCAAAGGCGAAAAUCAUUAUAUAGUACCUUCUAGAACUUCAGAUAUUACAUUAUGUGUUGCAAUCUUUUCCACUCUUCCAAAUGAUGUGGAUUUAAAAUCAGAUGAUAUUUAUUUCCCUGUUGACAAACAUGGAUCUACAACAUAA